CCAACACUUAUAUGUAGAUAAAAUGCCGCAAGUCCACAAACUAAGCGAAAUAAAGACAGAUAUUAGUAGUGUCAUAGCAAAUUUACAGUUAUUGGAAGGUUUGAGCAAUGCGUCAACAGAUGACUUGGAUUUGAAUAAGACUCGCCAGUUGAAGUGGCAGACCACGAAUUUGCUAGAGAAACUGAAGGAGUUGCCGUGUGACCGCAUUGCACGCAUUCAACUCCAACGUAAACAAAGACGGCAACGGGCCAAAAAAAGGGCCAAGUUGCAAUGGAGCGUAAAAAGGAAUACUCCAGAAAAUGCCAAGGAUAAAGCGCUAUCUUCCGAGUUAAAUGUAGCAGCUGCAGCACAUUUGCCGGUUCAGAAGCAAGCGGAACACAUCACACUCAAAAAACAGCACGAUGCCACAAAUAUGUUGCACACAUUUGACUUGCUGGAAAAACUGUACAAGGCUCGCGGUGGCAACAAAGACUUGGCUGAAAAACUGUCCAGAAUGCGCACAGUUUGGCGAAGUGUGCUGCAGGAGUGUACCGAUGAAAUCAAUAAAGAAGCCACUACCAACUGCGGGGCGCAGUGGGCCGGAGUUAUAUUUGGAAGCUCUUCGGUGCCUUUAAGGCAAGGGAAUACGGACAAAAAGCGAUAUACACAAGAAUUGAUACAGCGGCGAAUCAUUUGGGACUCCUAUAUAAGUUACGGCAAGAGCGGCAGCAGCAUACCCAACGGUUGGGUAUUGCCAACCGAUAUGCCCACUGCAGAGUGGGCCCGAUAUAAAUGUGAAUAAAACACACGUAUGUAUGU